UCGUCAUUAUCCUUCAGUGUAACAUCGGAAGUUAUUGAACUAGAUAUUCUACUCUAUUAAACCAAAACUUCUAAAUGAAGACAGAAAUUAAUUUUGAAUUAAUUUGUUCAGACAAUUUGUCGUUAUCUUCCACCUGUCGCACAUGUCUUGCCACUAACUCUGAACAACGGUUGACUGCAAUAUUCGAUCAAGAAGAAAUUCAUAAAGAUUCUCGCAUAGAUUUUAUUGUACUAUUGCAGUUUUUGAACGGAAAGAUUGCGAAAAAUGAUGGUUUUCCGACCAACCUGUGUAGCAUUUGCAUAGACCGCUUAGUGGCUAUCAACGCUUUUCAGAAGCAAUGUAUUGAGGCUCAAAACUAUUUAGAGCAGAAUUUCCUGAAGGUUUCCCAUGCUGAAGAUCAUGAGAAUAAACCCGAUAUCAAUAUCGUCUUGAAUGAAACAAAACUGGAGGAUGCAGAUAAUCCGUGUCAAGAAAUUGAAUUGGUCCAAGUUUCCGACCUUAAAAACGAUGUGAUCACUGAGGUACCAAACGAUUGUAAAAGUGAACCUGAUUCAGACGAGGACCAUCCAAGCGCACCUCAAGCGGAUGAAAGUACGGAGGAAGAUGAAUUGUUUGACCCGAAACAUGACGAUGGCGAUAAGACGACGUGCCCUAUUUGUGAGAAAACAUUUACAACAGUUGCCAAUCGAAACAACCACAUGUAUUUACAUAGCGAAAAGAGAUCCUUUGCCUGUGAUCAGUGUGAAAUGGCUUUCAAAUGUAAAAUCUAUUUGCGUAAGCAUAGGAAAAGGGUUCACACCAUUGGUGAUCAUGUUUGCGUAGAAUGUGGAAUGAAGUUCACCAAAACAUCCAAGUACGAAUACCAUUUGAAGACGCAUGAACCAGAGAAAAAGUAUAAAUGCCGUUUCUGUGAGAAAUCCUUCAUUCAGCAUUACCAUAGAAAAUGUCACGAGCAAACCCAUCACUUGAAGAAGCCGGAAAAACCGACGACAUGCUUGUGUAAUGUUUGUGGCAAAAGUUUCAAGAAUGAAACUGGGCUUAAACGACACCUCCAAAUCGGUCACGAAGAGAAAAAACCAGCAAAAAAAUUCGUGUGUGAUAUCUGUAAGAAGGAGUUCAUACAGAAAGGAAGCCUGAAAACGCAUAUGGCAGCUCACAAUAACAUUCGGGCUUAUCAGUGCGAACAGUGUGGUAUGAAGUUCACUCAGGCUGGAUCAUUGAUGAAACAUUUAGCGCUCCACAAUGCAGAAAAAUCGUAUCAAUGCGAAUUUUGUCAUGAAUCCUUUCUGAGAAUAAGAUACCUGAGACGACAUCGCCUGUUAACGCACGGUAAAACGGACGUAAGCGUUCAAGUGGAACGAUUGUUAGACGAACCGGAAGACAGCAACACGGUGAAACACGAAGAACAGAAACCUUCCAAAAGGCACGGACAAGAUUUCCCUUACGGUUGUGAUUUUUGCAACAGAACAUUCAAACUUCCCUCGACGUUGGCAGCGCAUGUGAAAACUCAUAACGAAGAUAGGAAAUUUGUGUGCACUGAAUGCGGCAACACAUUCAAAAAGCUAGAACAUUUGAAGAACCACAUCAACGGAGUGCAUCUGAAGCAAGCUUAUAACUGUGAGGUGUGUAACAAAUCGUUCGCCCGUGUAGGCGACCGGAACGUUCAUAUGCGUUCACAUGCUGAAGAGAAACCACAUCAGUGUUCAUAUUGCGGAAGAGGUUUCCACCUGGCUAAGGCUCUCCGGGCGCACACGCGGCAACAUACCGGCGAGAGGCCGUUUGUCUGCAUAAUCUGCAAUGCUGGCUUCACUUGUCACAAAACGUUAACUUCUCACACAAGAAAACAACAUGCGGGAGAUCAACAAGUGCUCACUAAAGUAGAGGAAUUAACUCAGGCCGUACUAUCAGGACCACAAUCAAAUGGCGGAGCAAAGUCGACAGCGAGCAAAAUUAAAACUCUAAAUUAAGGUAAUUUAUUCGACAAACAGUAUUAUGCAUUUCAUGCUGCAAACAUUAAAGUCUUUGUACGUCUUUUAUCCGAUCAAUCCCUUUGAAUUCCUGACUGAGAUUUGUCAACUAUAUAAACCAGGAUGCAUUUAUUGGGGUUGUUCUGACUUGUCAAUAUCCCCAACUCAGCCAUCUUGGAUUUUUAUAUGGAAUUUAUGCUCGCUUGUUUACGUUU